AUGUCCCCCCUAGAAACGCUACCAGACGAGCUCUUGCUGCUCAUCGCCUCUUUUGCGAUGUCGCAGUCAACCAUCGCAGCUUUGGUUAGGGCUAGUCACCGCCUGUACUCGAUCUACGACCCCUGUCUGUAUCGAUGGAAUGUUGUCCAUGGCCACUGUUCCGCCUUGUACUGGGCUGCAGAACAUGGCAAUAUGGCCACAUUCCAAAAGGCGCUAGAUGCUGGUGCGCCUCUGUCAAUCGAACGUCCGCGCGGGGAACUUAGAAAGGGGCCAGUGGUUUUUCGCUUUGGCAGGGAAAGGGAGCUUCAUUUCCGUGACUUUCGACCACAUCCUCUGUCGCUCGCUGCAAAGGGCGGCCACGAGGCCAUUGUUCGUUUCAUCAUUGAGAAGGGUGCGAGUCCAGACAUGGCAGAUCCAGAGAGGUUUACGUUGCUCUCGCUGGCAGCUAUCCAUGGCCAUGUCUCUCUCACAAGGGCCUUGAUAGCCUUAGGUGCGCGGCAGAAUAUCCCAAGUUUCAUGGGACAUCACCCCCUGGCGCUUGCGUCCUACCAGGGUCACGAAGAAAUAGCUGCCAUCCUGCUCUCCGAUCUAAAGAACCAUUACAAGACAGUUUUCGAUGACCAGAUAAAGGAGGCUCUUGUUUCGGCUGUCACGGGCCGCCGUAAAGGGAUUGUCCAGUUACUGGUUAGUCAUGGAGCUGCGGUCAAUUUCUUUUACCACUUCUGGCAGAAUCUAUUGAACACUGCCGCCAAGAAUGGGGAUAUGGAUAUAUUGUUGUUGCUUCUCAAGCACGGGGACGGCUCAAACAGAACCUUGGACCCGUGA